AAAUAAAAAUAGACGAUAGUUAGGUAUUAUAUUAUCGCUGUGGAGAGCAAAUAACCAAGUACGUAUUAUUUAACACAUACAAGUCAUAAUUUUUUUUUUUUGUGUUUGCACCCGGUUCACCCUUCAGUCUCAAGGGUGUUGCGGAGAUUCGAACACAGAUCUGUUCUACCAAAGCCAAUAUCCAUCACCAUUGAGCCAACACUUACUUGGUACAUACGAGUCAUAGUGGUAUAAUUAAAAUACUCGUUAUUAUUCCAAUUGUAUGGUGCACUUUUGGGGGUAUAUAUACUCUCGAGGGAAGGUAGUCCUUGUUACAAAAUAUUAGAGUUUAGAGAGAGAAAGUGAUGGCAACCAAAGUAGUGGAGGCUAACGGUGGAGAGAGAAUGGAAGAAGAGGAGGAGCAUGAGCGGUGUCCGGUGGAGGAGGUGGCUCUCGUCGUACCCGAAACCGAUGAUCCAACACUCCCGGUUUUAACGUUUCGGGCAUGGUUCCUAGGGAUGUUAUCAUGUGUUUUACUAAUAUUUCUUAACACAUUUUUCAUAUUUAGAACACAACCUCUAACAAUAUCAGCCAUCCUCAUGCAAAUAGCGGUUUUACCCAUGGGUAAGUUCAUGGCUCGGGUUAUGCCCACCCGAACUUAUAGGUUAUUUGGGGGAAGAUGGGAAUUUAGUUUGAAUCCGGGUCCUUUUAAUAUAAAAGAGCAUGUGAUCAUCAGUAUACUUGCAAAUUGUGGUGUGUCUUAUGGUGGUGGUGAUGCUUACUCUACUGGAGCCAUUGUUGUCAUGAAGGCUUACUAUAAGCAAUCCAUUGGAUUCCUAUGUGCUGUUUUUAUUGUCUUGACUACCCAGAUAUUGGGUUAUGGAUGGGCUGGCAUGUUGAGGAGGUAUCUGGUUGACCCAGUUGAGAUGUGGUGGCCAGCAAACCUUGCUCAAGUUUCCUUUUUCAGGGCACUUCAUGAGAAGGAGCACAAACAACAGGGGCUUACCCGAAUGCGAUUUUUCCUCAUCUUCUUUGCAGCAAGCUUUGCCUACUACGCGCUUCCUGGUUAUCUGUUUCCAAUUUUAACAUUUUUCUCCUGGGUGUGUUGGGCGUGGCCUCGAAGCAUUACAGCCCAACAGAUUGGAUCAGGUUACCAUGGGCUAGGUGUGGGUGCCUUCACCCUGGAUUGGGCAGGCAUCUCUGCUUACCAUGGCAGCCCACUGGUGGCUCCUUGGUUUUCCAUAGUCAAUGUUGGGAUAGGUUUUAUCAUGUUCAUAUACAUAAUAAUCCCAGUGUGCUACUGGAAGUUUGACACUUUUGAUGCCAGGAAAUUCCCUAUAUUCUCCAACCAGUUAUUUAGGUCCAAUGGAUUGAAGUAUGAUACCACCAAGAUUCUCACCCCUCAACGUGACCUUAACGUUGCAGCAUAUAAUAAUUACGGGAAACUCUAUCUUAGUCCUCUCUUCGCCCUUUCGAUUGGAUCUGGAUUUGCAAGAUUCACUGCUACUCUGACCCAUGUUGCUCUAUUCCAUGGAAGCGAUAUCUGGAGGCAGAGCAGGUCAGCAAUAAAAACUGCAAAGAAGGAUAUACAUGCAAAGUUGAUGAGCAAAUACAAACAAGUGCCUGAAUGGUGGUUCCUUAUCCUAUUAGUUUUGAGUGCAGUAUUGUCGCUCUUAAUGUCUUUUAUUUGGAAGGAUGAUGUGCAGCUGCCCUGGUGGGCCAUGCUCUUUGCAUUUGCAUUGGCUUGGAUUGUGACUCUUCCUAUCGGAGUCAUUCAAGCUACUACGAACCAGCAACCUGGGUAUGACAUAAUAGCACAGUUUAUAUUUGGGUAUAUCUACCCUGGGAAACCCAUAGCUAAUUUGCUUUUCAAGAUAUACGGGCGAAUCAGCACCGUUCAUGCUCUGUCAUUCCUGUCUGACCUCAAACUUGGGCACUACAUGAAAAUCCCACCCAGAUGCAUGUAUACAGCUCAGCUUGUCGGAACUUUGGUAGCUGGUGUGGUCAACCUCGCAGUAGCAUGGUGGAUGUUAGCCACCAUCGACAACUUAUGCGAUGUGGAAUCUCUUAAUCCGAACAGCCCUUGGACGUGUCCAAAAUUCCGAGUCACCUUUGAUGCAUCGGUUAUAUGGGGCUUGAUUGGACCAAAUAGGCUUUUUGGUCCAGGAGGGUUGUACAGGAACUUGGUGUGGCUAUUCCUUAUCGGAGCAGUCUUACCAGUUCCAGUGUGGGUACUCCACAAGAUGUUCCCUAAGAACAAAUGGAUACCACUGAUCAACAUUCCGGUUAUAUCAUAUGGGUUUGCAGGGAUGCCACCAGCAACACCAACAAACAUAGCUAGUUGGCUGGUCACUGGUACUAUUUUCAACUACUUUGUUUUCAAAUACAGAAAAGAAUGGUGGAAGAGGUACAAUUAUGUACUAUCAGCUGCUUUGGAUGCCGGGACAGCUUUCAUGGCGGUUCUGAUUUUCUUCGCUCUACAAAACGAGAACAAGGAACUGAAAUGGUGGGGAACAGACAUUGAUCACUGUCCCUUGGCAUCUUGCCCAACUGCCCCAGGGAUUAUGGUCGAAAAAUGCCCUCUCCAUUGAGAACCAUGCAAAUACUAUGCCAUUGGAUUGAAUUUAGUCUAGGUAGUAGUAUUAUUAUUGUUGUCUAUGAAGAUGUUACAUUCACAGUAAGAUGAGAAAUAGUUUGCCGUAAGAAGUAAGAACCCCUUAAUAAGCACAUUGAUACAGGAUAUUGUUUCCCUAUUGACUUGGCAUAUCCCAAUUGCUGUGGCCUGACUGUGAAGUACAUAGUUAAGAGGUUUUACAUGAUCCGGCAAACGGGGAAUUGAAGAAGCAAAACAGAAGCACAAAUCAGACUAUACAUGUUAAUGCAGGCUCUAGCUGUUAGUGGUUUGAUCGAGUCAAAACACUAAUGAUCUUUGUUAUUGGAGUAUGGUAAGCUAGAGUUCUAGAGUAGAGUUAGUUUAUAUUGUUUCAAACGUUGGAAAAUUGUGGAGUUCAUCAUAUCAGUCAUGUAUGGUAGCUGUUCAUAGUUCUUUUUUGAAGAUGUACAGCUUUUCAAUUA